ACUGUCGUGUGUCAGUCGCGAUUUAUUGUGGAAACAACUUGUAUCUUAGGAUUAUUUUUUCAGCAAUUUCUAAGAAUAAUUGAAAUAAAACUCUGUUAAAUCAUGUCGGAAGUGAAGUUUAGUGCCAAGGCAUUUUGCAAGAUAAUACUGCACGCAGCUAAAUAUCCCCAUUGCGCGAUAAAUGGCGUUCUACUGGCAAAACCAAAUGCAGGCUCAAGGGAAAUCGAAUUUGUGGACGCAGUCCCCUUAUUCCACAUUUCGCUCCAUUUAACUCCCAUGUCGGAAAUAGCUCUAAUGCAGGUUGAUGAAUUGGCGUCCAAAAUGGGGCUUGUUAUAGCAGGCUACUAUGCGGCAAGUGAGAAUAUCAGGGACAACACAUUUGAAAAGACCUAUCAUAAAGUAGCGGAGAAAAUCGCCUCCAAUUACAGUCCGUCUUAUGUGGUUGUGGUAAACAAUUCCAAAGUAUCAACUGAAGCUGACUCGUCCAGCCUCAAAGUGGCUCAAUUAUCGGAAGGUGGUUUUAGACAGAUUGAGGAGCAGAAUAUUAGUUUAAGUCCUGCUCAAGCCACUUCCUAUGCCAUAGUGGCUUUAAUGCAACAGAAAGCCUUCCAAAAGCUGAUCGACUUUGAUAACCACUUGGAUAACAUUUGCGCGGACUGGAUGAAUGUGGAGCUAAAUAAAACGAUUGAAAGCUAUUUGUGAAACCUUGUACCUUGAUGCGAAUGGCUGUGUAUGUAUUAACCACUUUAUUUAGCACCCGGUAUAUUUGAUUAAGUCAGGGAUAUGCAUGACAGGAUAAAAAUCACAUUUUUUAUUUAUUUAUUAAUUAUACAGGGUGGUUCCGUUUCCAGAGCGAAAACUUGAUGUUGCAAUAAGCUCCAUACAGAAAACGUUUCAUUAAGGAAAAACAGGGUGGUUAAAUUUGGCUUAAACUCAGCAGCGUCCGCACUACCACGUUAAUGGAUGUUUUUAAAGAGAAAAAAUAUAGAAUGCUACUGCUUUUACACAAAAUAAAACCACCUUUUUAAUUCUUUAUUCAGUUUGAAAGCGAAUAUUUCAAUUUAUCUCUACAAUUCAUUUAAUGUUUUUAUCUAAAUUAGUUUAUUCAAAUUAAUCAAUUAAUUAAAUGAUUAAUACAGAGUUGUCUUUUACUGCAAAACAUAAAAAAUAACAGGGACAAUUUGAAUUAAAUUCUUUCAGAAGAUUGUGAUCUAAUCUGCGAGUUAAUAUUUUGGAAUAUUGUUCAAAAUAAGCCCGUUGGUAUCAUCAUAAUAAUUUUUCAAUGAUUCACCCUGUGUAUAAAAAAUUAUACCAUUUAAACGAAAUUUGAUAGAACCUGUUCUCCUAGAAAAAAAUGUAAUAAACAAUAGAAAUAUUAAA